AUGAAUUCGGGAUGGCACUGGGAGGUGAGGCCCCUGGUUGGUCUGAGCGAGGUGUGCCUGGGGGUGGUGGAAAAUCAGUUUUCCAUGGGCAGACGAAGAGCUUUCCCCAAGCCCGUGGCAGAGCUGGUGGUGCAGCACGUUGAGGAACAGAAGCCCCAAAUCCGUCAGGUCUCCAAGAAGCCGGAUGUGGAGGUGAUGGGAAUACCUCCUCUGCCAAAGCCACCUUCUUGGGAGCCGAAGCUGGGCCUGCAAUCAGAACCCACCAUCACAUUCCUGUUUACACUCCUGAACACAUCGGAGCCCGUGGAGCCCAAUGACUCCGGAGAGGACUUGGAGACCCCGGAGUGCCCAUUCCUAGAGAAGGACGACUGGGGCCCCCGGCAGACUGCAAAGGAGAUGAGGCACUUGAAGAAGGAUUGCAUGAGGCUUUGGGAAUCACUGAACAUUAUUCGAAUGGAAAAUCUGGUCCUGGGGGAGAAGCUGCAAAACUUGCCCAACUCGUUAUACAAGAGUUUGAAGAAAGAGGAAGCAAAGGCCGUCCAGGAGGGAGCCGGAGACGUCCAGGAGGGAGCCCGAGACGUCCAGGAGGGAGCCGGAGACGUCCAGGACGGAACCCUUGAUAUCCAGGGGGGAGCCCGGGACAUCCAGGAGGGAGCCCCAGCCAUCCAGGAGGAGGCCCAGGCCUUCCAGAAGGCAGCACUGUUGCAGGUUCGUGGGCAGCGAAGCAGUGGCAUUGGGGAAGGAGAGGGUGUCCGCCCAGUGCUGCUCCCUCGAUCUCCCCACUCCCAGCAGCAGCCCUGCGCCCCGAAAGCAACACUGCUCAUCCUGCUGCCUGACCCCCCCCACAACCACAGAAACCAGUGCCCACCCUGGCCGGGCCCAAGUCUGGAGACCACACAGCUCCUUGGGAGGCCCCAGCCUCAGCUCCUCUCCGAGUCCCAGCAAUAA